CCGAUAAUGGGUAUCGACCAAUCCUGUUGAUUGUUCCCAUGCCCUGUACAUAUUUUAAUGGUUGUUUGUUAUAAUUGUUUGUGAUUAUUAUUAUUACAGCACACAUAAAAGGCUUCGGGGAUAGGUAAAAUUAUAUACUUUCAAUUAGGCUGGAUAAAUAUGAAUUAAUUAUAUAAGAAUGCUUAGGUCUAUAUUAAAUAAAUUAGUCUUAAAAACAUAUUCGAUCCAAUGGUCAUAUAUAUCAUUCAAAUAAAUAUCUAGUUUAAAUGCAAUAUUUACAAAAGGUAUUAAAAAAAAAAUCAGCUCGUACAGCUUGGAAGUUGCACAGAUUUUAAAAAAGAGGUUAUGUCACCAUCUCCUGGUGAGAAAGAGUUAGAGCAUGAAUUAAAAAAAAAAAAAUCAAUUCUUAGCCAGACCGACAACAUAUUUCUGCGGUCUGUUUUGGAAUGUGUACUAUUAAUAUAUUAAUGAUUUAAAUGAUAUUCGUGAAAAUGUCAUGUAUGUUUUCCUGUAUUAUAUAAUGUUUGUUGUUUGCUGGGUGUGGUGAUGGCACAUGGCAAGGCUGCAAGGCUUGCAAAUGUAUCCGGACACUAGUAUAGGCCAACUCACAUUACAGUCCCUGUAGACAGAUCUGUAAGAUGAUAUCUAAUGAAUACCAUGCACCACCCACACUCCAGCACCGCCACACCCUGCAAAUGAGGCUGCAUCAUCACAGGUGUCUCUUAUGUGAACACAGUACUUACACUCAGGUAUGUCCCUAGAUCAGGUUGGACAGGAUCGCUUAGGGCUUUUAGUUUCACCUUUUCACAUUUGUUUUUGCUUUUUUGAGGUUCCUGUUUCAAUGCCUAUCCGUUUUGGGGUAAAACACGGUUUGUGAUCAGGGAUGAACUGGACAGGACUUGAGUCCCUUCUUAGCGGGGUCAAUAAAUAUUCAACAGUUUUUGGUCGAGUGUGGCUGUCAGUGGUGUUUGUGUUCCGUGUUCUGGUGUUUGUGGUGGCGGCUCAGCGCGUUUGGGGCGAUGAGAACAAAGACUUCGUGUGCAACACCAGGCAGCCCGGCUGUGUCAACGUCUGCUACGACAGCACCUUCCCCAUCUCUCACAUCCGUCUGUGGGCCUUACAGCUCAUCUUCGUCACAUGUCCAUCACUCAUGGUCGUAGCCCACGUCAAAUACAGAGAGGAAAAAGACAAGAAGUACACUGCUCUCCACGAGGGCAACCAUUUAUACGCCAACCCUGGAAAAAAACGCGGGGGUCUUUGGUGGACCUACCUGUUAAGCUUGAUCUUUAAAGCGGUGUUUGAUGCUGCCUUUCUCUAUAUUCUUCAUCACAUGUAUAAAGGCUAUGACCUCCCCCGCCUUACCAAGUGCUCGCUGGACCCUUGUCCCAAUACGGUGGAUUGUUUCAUCUCGCGCCCUACAGAGAAGAAAAUCUUCAUGAUCUUCAUGGUGGCCUCCUCUGCUCUCUGCAUCUUCAUGUGUAUCUGCGAAAUGAUUUAUCUCAUUGGAAAGCGUAUACUCAAAUACUGUAUGAUGCCACAAUCACCACCGCAACGAAUCAAAAGACCUGAUCCCACUCUCUCCAGCAGCCAAAACUUGGGUUUACAAAAAUUAAAGGACACAAAAAUGGACAAGACUGCUCUUUAAUGACAGCUGUAUGUUGCAAAACCUUUACAACCUCCCUGAGAUUGGGAUAUUAAAAAAGCCCUUUUUCUCAAACAUCCAAAAUGGUAGCAAACGAAUACAGAUAGAUAGAUAGAUAGAUAGAUAGAUAGAUACAUAGAUACAUAGAUACAUAGAUAGAUCAUAUUGAAAAUAAUGUUGAUAAAUGAAAAAUGUUAUGAGGCAUUUUAGACAUCAUGUUAAUUUUAAACAGUGGUAGAUAUAUAUUUUUUAUAAAAUGUUUUUAGAGGUUUAAAGAUUUUCACCGCAUAUUUGAUGUAUUUAUAAAAAUGUAUGUAUUUUUGUUGGAAUUUACAGUAAAUGCACUUUAGAAUGGAAUUUAAAAGCACAAUGCAGGAAAAAGUUGGGUGAAGUUAGCUUGACUGAAUAUAUGGUGCGAUGAGUGUCAGCGUGCUCUAUGCAAAUAUGGUAUCAGCCGCAACCUCAUUUGCAUUUUUUUUUCAGAAGUACCAUACAUUUUAAAGUUUUCUGUGUGUAUUCAGUGCAUAUGAUAUCAAUAAAAUCUCAUUUAUGUUGCUUUGGUUUCAUUAGUUUUCUUGAAUUGACAGGAUGGGAAAGGUUAUCGUUAUAUUAAAAGGAAAUGUUACGCAAAAAUAAGAAAUCUGUCAUCAUUUACUCACCUGUAUGUGUUUCGAAACUUGCAUGACUUUCUUUUUCCAUGGAACACAAAAGGAUAUAUUUAUAGAAGAAUACUGAGAAAUUGAAUGGUGCCUUUCUUUUUUUCACACAAAUCCAUUAUAUGCCUUCAGAAGCCUCGGAACAGAGUGACUGAGUUGUGAAAACCACUUUUAUUAUGCCUUUCUUUUCUUUUCUUC